AAAGCUGCAAUCUCUCGUCCAAUUGUUCAGAGCUCUUUAAUCCGCCUUCAGACCCCUUAAUGUAGUGCCUGCUGAUAGGAUUGGCGGUAUUAACACCGGGGAUAAUAAUGCCAGCUGUCGCAGGCCUCCCAUUGGUGGAAGAGCUGAGGGGGGUGCCAGGGAAGUAGGGGCAGCGGAGAGAGCCUGGAAAGGAUGAUAAUCUCUCAGUCCUGCUCAGUUAGAGGGCUGCUUGGUUGCUUCGUUUUCCUCUCUCUCUGCCCCUCUCGCUGGCUCACGUACAUAUAUGGGGUGUUGAUCUGUCCAGGCUGGGACAUCGCAAUGGCUGUAGCUUUGGAUGCCAUGUGGAUUCGGGUCAAGGACGUGUGCAAAAGGAACGGGCUGCUGAUCCUCUCUGUGCUUUCUGUCAUCAUCGGAUGCCUCCUGGGGUUCUUCCUCCGGACGAGGCGGCUCUCCGAACAGGAGGUGAAAUAUUUCCAGUUCCCGGGAGAGCUCUUGAUGCGGAUGUUGAAAAUGCUCAUUCUCCCUCUGGUCGUUUCCAGUUUGAUGUCGGGACUGGCGGCGUUGGACGCCAAGGCCUCCAGUCGUCUGGGCAUCAUCACCAUCUCCUACUACCUGUGGACCACGUUCGUGGCGGUGGUGGAGGGCAUCAUCCUGGUGUCCAUUAUCCACCCUGGGGGUGCUGCCCAGAAGGAGAGCACAGCGGACAGCGGCAGACCCAUCAUGAGCUCUGCCGACGCGCUUCUCGAUCUCAUCCGCAACAUGUUUCCAGCAAACCUGGUUGAAGCCACCUUUCAGCAGUACCGGACGAAGAUCAUCCCAAUCAUGAAGUCCCCGAAGGCAGCGGCGCUCACUGAGACCACGACUCGCCGCCUCGUCAUCUACGGGAUCCAGGGCGACAACGGGAUGGACAUCCAGAACUUCUCCCUGGACCUCACCCCCCCUCCCGAGAUCAUCUUCCGCUCCCUGCCCGGGAGCAGCGACGGCAUGAACGUGCUGGGGAUCGUCAUCUUCUCCGCUACCAUGGGUAUAAUGUUGGGAAGGAUGGGAUCCAAUGGCAGUCCCCUGGUCAACUUCUGUCAAAGCUUGAACGAAGCCGUGCUGAAGAUUGUCGCGGUAGCUACCUGCUACUUCCCCUUUGGCAUCGUGUUCCUGAUCGCUGGUAAGAUCCUUGAGAUGGACGACCCCACGGCUAUUGGUAAGAAGCUGGGUUUCUACGCCAUCACUGUGGUGCUGGGGCUGGUCUUGCAUGGCCUCUUCAUCCUGCCCAGCAUGUACUUCUUCAUCACCAAGAAGAACCCCAUCGUCUUCAUCAGGGGCAUUCUCCAGGCCUUGCUCAUCGCGCUGGCCACGUCAUCCAGCUCCGCCACGCUGCCUAUCACCUUCAAGUGCCUGCUGGAGAACAACCACAUCGACAGGCGCAUCAUCCGCUUUGUGCUGCCCGUCGGAGCCACCAUCAACAUGGACGGCACGGCGCUGUACGAGGCCGUGGCCGCCAUCUUCAUUGCACAGGUCAACAACUACGAGCUCGACUUCGGGCAGAUCAUCACCAUCAGUAUCACAGCAACGGCUGCAAGUAUUGGAGCUGCUGGCAUUCCUCAGGCCGGCCUGGUUACAAUGGUGAUCGUGUUAACAUCGGUCGGCUUACCGACUGAUGACAUCACUCUGAUUAUCGCCGUGGAUUGGGCGUUGGACAGGUUCAGGACCAUGAUCAAUGUGAUGGGGGACGCCCUGGCCACCGGGAUCAUGGCUCAUGUCUUCAGGAGAGAAUUCACCAAGAAGCCCUGUGAUGAGGUAGGAAGGAAGACCAUGUCUGUGUUGCCAUCUCAUGGAGAUGUGCAAUUUGAUUUUUUAGUUCAAGGAUGUGAAUUGCGCUGGGUUCUGAUUCACUGUCAAGCAAGUUUCUUUCAGUGCUCUGUUUGCUAUUUCCAUCAGGGCACAUUAUGUUCAGGUACCUUAAAUGUUGCUCAGUGGGGUGUGUUAAUACCUCAACAUGUGAAACAUAUUACUUAUUCACUGCCAAGGAAGAAAGAAAGUUGUUGCAGCGAAGCUCUUGUCCUGCCUGCCUGUCUUCCCUCUCUGUUCUCAGGUCCCUCUGAUCUGCGAGACCAAGCCCAUGAUCAGCAUCCAGCAGCUGAUGGCGUACCAGAAGAACGGCUGCUCCAACCCCCCGCUGGGAGGAAAGCCUCCGCUCCCCGAGGACAUUGCCGCCGACGUGGCCCGGAUCAUGCAGCUGGAGGAAGGGGUCUGGCCCGAGAAGAACAAGGAUCAGCCGGAGAAGCACAGAGACAAGGACCACUGCUCCAUUGACAUGAACGGCCUUGAGACGAAUGUAUAAACAGACGGGAGCGAGUGGGGCGGGGCGUGAGACAGCGAGGGAGAAUGACCCACGAGGGCGGGGUCUUUCUUCACAGUGGUGCACACUGGGAUGUGAUUGCACUGCUUUGUUUGGGAGUGUGUGUGCGUGUGCGUGUGCGUGUGUGAUGAAACAUGUGUUUGUGUGUGGCACACCAGCACAUGGAGCUUAAACACAGCUACAGGGGCGAGCCAAAAGCAGCAGACUCACCAAGCAUGUGAUUUAAGCCACUGCCAUUGCCGCUAGCAACCAGACUUUCCAUGGCCCAUCCCCUCAUGCCAGAAGACAGCUAUGAUGUCACAGGGUGUUCACAAAUACCCACUGCUGCUCUUGCGGGACAUGUCUGAUGCAGUGUAUGUGCGUGAGUGUGUGUAUGUUGAAAAUCAACCUUUUGCAGACAAGCCAUACUGGACUAUACUCAACAAACUGCCUGUUCUUUUAUUAUUAUUAUUAUUAUUAUUAUUAUUAUUAUUAUUAUUAUUAUUAGUAGUAGUAGUAGUAGUAGUAGUAUUUGUUUUUUUGGGACUCAAAGCACAAGACAAGCAUGCAGGCUCCCGUGCCGAAGACACCACGAGGCUGCAGCGGUGUACCAAGCAACUGCAUAACCGUUUGUGGCCUCGAUGUGUAUUAUUCAUGUUCAGUGUACUCCAUUCACAAUACCUUUCCUUCCAUCCGCCUGCUUGUCAGUGUCUCCUGCGUCAAUAUAUCCUGUCUACGGCCAUGCCCGCCUCUAGCAGAAGCUGUAUCCUUGCUGUUGGUGUUUGAACUCAAAGUCAUUUCCAGGACCAGUUUAAAGAAACGGGUCAAAAGCGAUAAGCAAGAGUACAGCAGAACCCCUACCAGACAUACAGCAUAGUAGCAGCAACAGCACAGCAAAUGGGCACAGAAAAGUGACCCACAACAGAUGCUGCAAGAAAAGCCAAGUCUAAUAUUAACAUGGAGUAAAUAACAGUGACUCUCCUGUAGGAAAUUAGAAUAUAUAUAUAUUGAAGCAAGUGCAAAGGCACAGGUAGAGUUCAGAGGGUAAUAAACUAGGUAGAAGUGACCAUGAGGAGCGCAGUUCAUUCUGCUGAGUUUAUUGCUGGUUUAUUAUGUUGUAUUGCCUUUGCGCUAGAUACAGAGCCCUGGAUAUUACUAUUGAAAUGGGAUGUAGAAACGUUCAUCA